AUGGAGGAACAUAUAAGAAAGGGCAGUUUUUGCUCUAGUGCCAGUUUAGCUAUUGUGAGAGUACUCAAGGUGAUACUCAUAAAGAAGGAUGAAAGGGAAGCAUCUCAGAAGAUUCAUAAAAUUUUUCAACCAAUAUAUAUUUAUUGUUUUUUUUUUCAGAUCAUUGUGCUACUGUACGUGGCGAAUACGCAAGCAGAUUUUAAAUGCAUGCCGAACUCAAUUACCUGCUCAGCUAACCGAAAAAGUUACACACGAUGCCCAGCUAAAGGCAUAAUUGAGGAUUUGGCACCCCCAACUAUAUACUUUUGUGCAAGCAACACAUUCUGUGUUUCUUCAGCAGUCAAAAUUGAUGAACCUACAAACACAAAUGUUACCACAUUGCAGCCUACUAGACCGACAACAACUGGAACGACGAUCACCACCACCAGGGGCAUGCCGAUAACAACAACAACACCCACAACUACAACAACACCCACAACUACAACAACACCCACGACAUCAACAACAACAACAUCCACUGAGGAUACGGAACCCACAACAACCACGUCAUUGACAUUGACAACAUCCACUGAGACUACGGAAUCCACAACAUCCACUGAGACUACGGAAUCCACAACAUCCACUGAGCAUACGGAACCCACAACAGCCACGUCAUUGACAACAUCCACUGCUGAGAAUACGGAAUCCACAACAUCCACUGAGAAUACGGAAUCCUCAACAACCAUGUCGUCAACGACAACACCCACAGCCGAUGAGGAAAUAACAUAUAAUGGGCAGGACCCGUCAAUGAAGGCUGAAACUGAUAUCGUUGCUCAUCGAUUAAAACGACAAAUUGCAUCUCAGCCAGUCGGUCCUUGCGUACCAUUGACAUGCCCUGAACGUGGAUUCUUUGGAAUUGGCGCUACUGCUUGCCGAUUAUAUUUUUACUGCGAGAGACCGGGCGGUACACCUUCCCCAAGUGAAUGUCCUGUGGGGCUACAUUUCAACAGUCUAACACUGGAAUGUCAGGACCCAAUCUUGGCAGGUUGUGACCCUAGAUUCAUAGGGCGAACGACUGCUUCUUCAGUUCAAAGAACCACACCACAGACAGUACCUUCACAAACACAACGUCCUUCCAUUCAACCAACAGCUCCUGCCAUGUGCAGAGGGCAGAGGAGAAUGCCAGAUCCAACAAGCUGUAAUCAUUAUUAUAGAUGUAAUCCUGGGAAUCGGCAGUCAACUAGGAUGACUUGUCCACCACGACAGUUUUUUGACACCAGAAGUUUGCGAUGCCAACGGAAUGCUAAUUGUGGAUCUAGGCCGCGUGCCUUGAGGAAUGCAUGAGCCUUAUCCAACUAACAUUCUUGUGCAAAAAUACUAUUAUGCAUGAGAUUACUCUAAAAUGUUUUGUGAGAACUUAAUUAUUAAAAAUAUUUAACUUUUGCAUUUACAAAUUUUAAUAUAAUUUAUCAAAUCAUAAACCAGUAAAUAUACAUAGGCUUAUAAUUUCGAAUGAAAAUCAGAUAACUUUUGUAUAAGUCAUCUAAAGAAGAGUG